CACCAGGCGGAAGUGGUUUGUUUUUUGUUGUGUAAGUGUGUUUGUUGACCGAACUGGUAGACCGUUGUGUUGUGUCGACGUGUCCCAGAUAAGCAUUUGAGCUGUUGAAGUAACAAUGUCUUCAUCUGAGAGUUUGAGAGAGUUGAUCAUCGAGCGACUAACUGCUGCUGCUGAAGAAAUAUUCGGACUCUUUGAAAGAACUGUCGUCCAGUACGAGGAAGAGAUCGAUCAUCAGCGCAGACUGCUGGAUAUCACCUGGAAACCUGAGAUAAAGUUACACAGAAUAGACGUCCCACAGCAACAUGUCUACACAGAGGAGGAGGUUCUCACUGACCAGCAGCUCUGUAACCAGGAGAGGAACUCCAGUUCCGAGGAACUCCAGACUAGAGUACCUCCACAGAUGAAAGAGGAACAGGAGGAACCAGCACCUCCACAGAUUAAAGAGGAACAGGAGGAACAAGAACUUCCACAGAUUAAAGAGGAACAGGAGGAAUCAGAACCUCCACUGAUUAAAGAGGAUGAGGAGGAACUCUGCAGCAGUCAGCAGGAAGAACAUUUUGUAGUGAAGCAUGAGGCUGAUUUCUUGGUGGAGACUCCUACUGAUGAAGAAUGUGAGCACAGUGAACCAGAACCAAACAGGGACCAGCUCCUCUCUCACAACUCUCCUGUAGCUGAGAGCCCUGAUCAGAGAGGAAUCGAGCAUGUAGACUCAGAUCAACAUCACAGUAAUAAUGUAUACAACUCUCUUAUGUCAGAGAAUCAGAGUGAUGCUAACACUGGUAGAAAGUCUGUAACAUGUGAUGUCUGUGGAAAAACCUUCCUUUCUAAGUACAAUUUGAAAAGACAUUACAAAAUCCACACAGAUGAGAAACCUUUUAGUUGUAGAACAUGUGAUAAAACCUUCAGAAAAAGAUAUGAGUUAAAUGUUCACACGAGGACUCACACAGGUGAGAAACCUUAUUGUUGCAAAACAUGUGAUAAGAGUUUCAGGACUUAUGCUGGUUUCAAUGUCCACAGGAAGACUCACACAGGUGAAAAACCUUAUUGUUGCACAACAUGUGAUAAGAGUUUUAGUCAAAAGUCUAAUUUAAUUGUCCACAUUAGGACUCACACAGGUGAGAAACCUUAUUGUUGCAAAACAUGUGGUAAGAGUUUCAGCGCCAGUGGUAAUUUAAUUAUCCACAUGAAGACUCACACAGGUGAGAAACCUUAUUGUUGCAAAACAUGUGGUAAGAGUUUCGGUACCAAUGGUUAUUUAAUUUUGCACAUGAAGACUCACACAGGUGAGAAACUUUAUUGUUGCAGAACUUGUGAUAAGAGUUUCAGUACCAAUGGUGAUUUAAUUAUCCACAUGAAUGCUCACACAGGUGAGAAACCUUAUUGUUGCAGAACAUGUGGUAAAACCUUCAAAAGAAGAUAUGACUUAAAUAUUCACGGGAGGUUUCACACAGGUGAGAAACCUUAUUGUUGCAAAACAUGUGGUAAAACAUUCGUUACAAAAAGUAAAUUAAAUGUCCACCUGAAGAUUCACACAGGUGAGAAACCUUAUUGUUGCAGAACAUGUGGUAAAACCUUCAGAAGAAGAUAUGACUUAAAAGUUCACGGGAGGUUUCACACAGGUGAGAAACCUUAUUCUUGCAAAACAUGUGGUAAAACAUUCAUUACAAAAACUAAAUUAAAUGUCCACCUGAAGACUCACAGAGGUGAGGGUCGUCUUCCUGAAACAUCUAUAUAAUAUGACCAACAUUAUGUAAAAUAUUGGCUCGAUUGCAUUAUUAGUUUUUGUGUAGCAUCAGAUUUAAAAUUCACUACCCUCUUGUAACCGUAGUGGACAAAAUGUCACAUUGACUUCCAUUAUAACUACAUUUUUCGAUCUCUUAGCCAUGGCACAAUAAAAUCAUUCACUCUGGAAUAAUAUUACUUAAUUUGAACAGAUUUCAUUAUAGGGCCUGUGAAUAAAAUGUUUAUUUCAUUCGUAUUUGUGCUUGUGUUAUUGAGCUCAGCAGGCUAUUACAAGACAGAAGAGUUAAAAGAGGGUAGUCAGUUUUAUCAGUAUUCUGUUGACCUAUUAGAAUUAAUUGUUAUUAUUUUUAUUUCAAAAUUUGUGUAGAGAUAGAUCAUAUGGCACAACAAAGUCUAACACAGCCAAAUGGAGAGGCAAAAUGUCUUUAAGUUACCUGAGGUUUAAAAUAUAGAGGGGGAUGUAUCAUGUGUGACUUCAUGAUAAACUUUGUCUUCAGUUCAUAUAAUUCAAAUAAAAUGGAAAAUAAAUCAA